AUGAGUGAAGAAAGUGGUUCUAUUGCCAUUCAACUGGCAUCUUAUGGUAAAUUAGCUUUAGAUUCAUUCUUAGGUUUAUCUUUAUUCCAACAAAUAUCCAUCAUAGUAUUUAUUCCUUUCAUCCAUUCUUUAUUAUGGCAAUUUAUCUACUCCAUGAGAAAUGACAGACCUCCUUUAGUACACUACUGGAUUCCAUGGGUCGGUUCUGCUAUUCCAUACGGUACCCAACCUUACAAGUUCUUUAAACGUUGUCAAGAAACUUAUGGUGAUGUCUUCUCCUUUGUGUUGUUAGGUAAAGUUAUGACUGUCUACCUAGGUCCAAAUGGUCAUGAAUUUGUUUUCAACGCUAAAUUGGCUGACGUUUCAGCUGAGGCUGCUUAUGCUCAUUUGACUACUCCUGUCUUCGGUAAAGGCGUUAUUUAUGACGUUCCAAACCACAGACUAAUGGACCAAAAGAAAUUCGUUAAAGGUGCUCUAACCAAGGAUGCCUUUAGAUCCUACGUUCCAUUAUUCGUCGAAGAAAUUAACAAAUAUUUCAACGAAUCUCCAAACUUCCACGGUUUAAAGGACAAGACUGGUACUAUUGAUGUCAUGGUUACUCAACCAGAAAUGACCAUCUUCACUGCUUCCAGAACUUUAUUGGGUAAGGAAAUGAGAGAUAAACUAAACACCGGUUUUGCUUCUUUAUACACAGAUUUAGACAGAGGUUUCACUCCAAUCAAUUUCGUUAUGCCUGGUUUGCCAUUGCCUGUCAACAAGAGAAGAGAUCAUGCUCAAAAGACCAUUAGUGACACUUACUUGUCCUUGAUUAAGGAAAGACGCGCUAAGAACGAUAUUCAAGACAGAGAUUUGAUCGAUAGCUUAAUGAAGAAUUCUACUUACAAGGAUGGUGUCAAAAUGACUGAUCAAGAAAUCGCUAACUUGUUAAUCGGUGUCUUAAUGGGUGGUCAGCAUACCUCUGCUGCUACUUCUGCUUGGAUCUUAUUACACUUGGCUGAAAGACCAGAUGUUCAAGAAGAGUUAUACAGGGAACAAAUGACUGUCUUGGGCAACGGUAAGAGAGAAUUGACUUACGAUAUCAUAAACGAAGAAAUGCCAUUGUUGAACCAAUGUAUUAAGGAAGUCCUAAGAUUACACCAUCCAUUACACUCUUUAUUCCGUAAAGUUAUGAGAGACUUGCCUAUUCCACAAACUCCAUACGUCGUUCCAAAGGGUCAUUACGUUCUUGUUUCACCAGGUUAUACCCACUUGCAUCCAAAGUUCUUCCCAAACCCAACUGAAUUUAACUUGCACCGUUGGGAUAACGAUUCCCAAUCCUCCUACAGUGUUGGUGAAAAGAUUGACUACGGUUUUGGUUCUAUCUCUAAAGGUGUUUCUUCUCCAUACUUACCAUUCGGUGGUGGUAGACACCGUUGUAUCGGUGAACACUAUGCGUACGCUCAAUUAGGCACCAUCAUGUCUGUUUACAUCAGAAAGUUUAAGUGGAGAUUCCCAGAUCCAAAACAAACUGUCCCAGUCCCAGAUUUCACUUCUAUGGUUACUCUACCAACUGGUCCAGCUAAGAUUGUUUGGGAAAAGAGAGAACCUGUUCAAGCAUGA